GUGGGUGGCGCCGCUGCCCUCCAUUCUCGCCCCCGAAAGUAAACAUUGCAGACUACAGUGCUAAAGGCCGGUCCCUGCGAGGGGCCUCCAGAUUUCCCUGCAGCUGUGACUCUUCAUUCUGAGAGAUGAAGAUCAAUGAGAAGAACCUGUGUGCGUACAGCAUCUCGCCCACCCAGAUUGACAAGGAGGGCUACCUGCUGAAGAAGGGGGAGGUUAACAAGAACUUUCAGAGGAGAUGGUUUGUGCUGAAGGGGAACUUGCUCUUUUACUUUGAGAAGAAGGGCGACAGGGAGCCCAUUGGGGUCAUCAUCUUGGAGGGCUGCACAAUAGAGCUGGCUGAAUGUGAGGACCAGUACACCUUCAAGCUGGUGUUCCAUGGGGGGGGUGGCCGCAUCUACGUGUUGGCCGCUGACUCCCAGGAGUCCCUGGAGGUGUGGAUGAAGGCCCUGGCCCGCGCCUCCUACGACUACCUCAAGCUGAUGGUGGCAGAGCUUCAGAAGCAGCUGGAUGAGCUUAAUGAUACAGAAAAUCAAGGUAGGGGAGGAGACGAGGAGGGCCACGCCCCAAAGGCUCCCCACAGGCAGCGGCAGAACCCCUUCAAUAGGACACAGAGCUCCAACGAAGUCACUCUGGACCCCACCCUGGCCAUGCGCAUGAGGGCCAACACGGUGUCUGGUGGGGGGGUGGGGCAGUAUCUGAACCCUGCGGGGGGGGUGCCACAGCGAUCGGCACCCCCGCCCCCCUCAGUGGCGCACAUCACGGUGAACCGACGGACAUUCGCACAGAUUCACUCUGAGUAUGGUGUCCCCAUCCUGCGCGACAAGGAGCUAUACCGCCAGAGUAAGGGGAAGCAGCCGCAGGGAGGAGGGGGCGGAUCCUUCAAUACUCAGGGGCAGCAGAAGCAGCAGAAGGAGGAGCCGGCAGGAGUUACAGAUUCCUCAGGAGUUGUCAUGAACCUGAUUGAUAUUUGACCUGGAAAUUGAGUUAAGUCGGAGGUUAUGAAGUCGAUCAUUGUUCCUUAAUUUUCUUUUCUUGUGUGUGGGUGUUUAUAUGUAUGUGUGUGUGUGUGUGUGUUUGUGUAUGUGUCUCAUUUAUAAGGUGCUAUUUAUUUGCUGCGUCUGGUAAGUCAUGAUUAUCUGGAUUGCUUCUCAGCGCAUUCUAUAAUUUUGAGGAGGAGGAUGCGUACUGUAUCCCAGGUACUUAAUGUCUCCUCACCUUUCUUCUCUCUAUUAUUAUACAUACACUUGAUUAAUGGACGUGCUUCAUUGAUGUGGGAGUUAACGCAUGCAUCAAAACUAUGCAUUUAUUCCGCUGUUCUGCUCAAGUCAGUCCUGUAUGUACGUAUGUGUGUUGCUGUGUUUGUAUGUGGGUGGAUGUAUGUGUGUUUGAGGUCCCAUGUAUGCCAUUUCCUAAUUCGUACACUCUCUUCGGAUUAGUACUCACACCAGGAAAGAAAUUACUGCUGAAAAUUGAAAUGGAGGUUUGAAAAGAAACUAUAUUAUGACAUAAGUUAAUUUUUGGCACAUCAAAAGGAGGGAGGAGGGAGGUAGAGAUAGAAGGAAGGUGACCAGCUGGGAGACCAAAGAAGACCUGGAGGUGGUGUGCGGAGGAAGACUUUAGAAGGAUGGACAGCAGUGAGGAGAGAGUAUAUGAACUUCAGGAGACUCAUAGCUCAUCCAACCCCAUAAUGGAAGAUAGGGACAUUAAACAAGAAGAUUAGUUCAUUUUCUUCAUAUCCAGAGUCCAGAGUAGUGUUUUCCUUUGAUAUGAGUACUAAUUGGGAAGUCAAAUUGGCAUAGACAGUCUGUGUGUGUGUGUGUGUGUGUGUGUGUGUGGUGAUCAGGAGACAGCAACAGGUAGCACUUUACAACGAAGUCUCUAUUAUAAAUAAAUAUGCGUCACACAGCAUUUAAGUGUAGUCGUAUGCAUUGUUUUUCCAGUCUUGUGCAUUAUAAGAUUAAUUUUCGUCUUCUGAAUAUCAUUAUGAGACUCAGUAUCUUCAUCAGCAUCGUUAUUUUCACCUUCAUCAUUAUCAUUAUCAUCAUCAUCAUCAUCAUCAUCUAGCACAAACAUUCCACAUUGGUGUGUAAAAACUGCCUUUCCAGUGUAAGAAUCUUUGCUUAGCUGGAAAUCCAUUUUUUAUACAUCAAUAUUAAUUAAUGCGAGGAUGAAGUCAGUGCAGGAGAGAAAACAUGUUCUUUAGAAUUACAGAAUAUUUCCAAUAAAAAUUGAGAUUUA